AGCCAGACUUCUGACGAUCUUACGCCUUGGAUCGAAUAACGAUCUCUACUUCUGAGGCUGACAGCGAACAACCUUGGCUCUAAGUCUUCCUACAGUCUCUCUGUUGAUACUACAGGAUCACAGCAUACCACAAACAUCAAGCUAGAGUUGAGCGCUAUCGUCGACACCAUUUCCACACUGAGCAAUACAUUCUCUCACCAUGGCUAUCGGCUCGGUUGAUCGCAAGAUCCUGAGCGACCUGAUCACUAAGCAGAGCACGUACGGCGAAGUCCUCUCAGACGACAAGCCUGCCUCAAACAACGAACUCCUCAAGCGAUCUCUCUACACCGUUCUCGGAAUCUCCAUGAGGCUUGAGUCUAAGCUCGAGCUUGCCCAUAAACGGCGCGUGGUCGAUAUCUCUACCGAGAUCAGAACGCUAAGUCUUUACCACGAUAUAAUCUUUCUCGCCAAAGAGGGAUUGGCCCUCACCGAACUCUACAUCGCGCCGUUCUGUGGCCCGGAAGCAGAAGGCGAGUACCAGACCAUAGGCUACAAGUUGCGUGCAUCAUUCCACCACAUCUUCUGCCUGUAUCACAACACUCCUCCCGUCCGCCAGCUUCGUCGCAAGAAGAUGGAAGGACCCAGCGCUUUCAGCACCCACUGGCUGUCAUCGAGGCUAGAAGCACCCGAGAUGGCCGUGUCUCCUGCCCCCUCUGUCCAGUCCUUCAUCACCAACCCUUACUCCAUCUCUGCACAAGCACCUGCAGUGAAGCCCCACGUCUUGGGCUAUGUCCCUCCCAAGAUCACAGUUCAUCCUCGCAUGAUUCCUGAGCGUCCUCCUGGCCUCAGCGCAGGAACGCUGUUUGAGUAUGAUCCUCCCGUCUCCGCUGGCACAUACUUGAUGCCUGCUUUGGACUACACGCCUGAAACCAAGCGUCUCUUCGAGUGUGCCACCAGACGUGCGGAGAGCCACCUGCACCCAAGACACCCGCUCCUUCUCUCAUUGGCGUUGGAGCAUGCUACCUUCCUCAUGGACUGUCUCGGUGAUCAUGAUGGCUGUUUGAAAGUCAUAAUCCAGGCCGCACGUAGAGCUGCGCGCAGUAGAGUUGCGCCCAACACAGACUGGAAGGAUUCAACCAAGAUCUUGCACGAGAUGACAGACAUCAUUCGUAGAGCCGAGGACGUUCUACAGCCCGAGAGACGCCUCGUCCCGCCUGUCAAGCUGGAGAAUUCUCCACCUCUAUACCCACCUCCUGAUCGCGAGCUGCCUGCUCCUCCACGUCAGUACGAUGGCUCUCCCCGCCAGGAGCGCUCGGUUCAUCAAUACAAUGGUACAUCCCUGGAUGAGAAGUCGCUUCCGGAGUACGUCGGCUCGUCUGACGAGGAAGGCUCACUGCCCCAGUGCAAGGGCGUUCCUGGCAACGGUCCUACUCGUAUGAGUGACUUCCCCAUGCCUCCCAUUCAAACUGCGCUUUCUCCGCCAGGUGGAGUGAAGCUGAACACCCUCCACGAGCAGAUCAAGGGCCUCGGUGUUCUACAAUCACCUACCACGGACGACUCACCUACCAUCGAGGGACCCAAGAUCGGCACGUUGACUAGAAGUGGCCCCGUGAUCGAGUCGCCCCGCUCUCCGAUGAAUCUGGACAGCAGAAUUCAGCAGAUCAACGACGAAAUCGUGGCGUAUAAGAGGGCCAAGAGAAGUGUCAACAGUGGUCUCGGCACCAAGGUCAAGAGCGGUGGAAGACGCCUGGAGGGAAACGGCACCGAGAAGGAGCGCAAGAGACGUGCCUUGGAAAGAGCCGAGGGCGAAUUGAUCAGAAAGCGCAAUACCCUCAGUGAGACCGGCACUACUCUCUUUUGAGCUCUUCAGUAUGAGAAAGAGUAGGGCCAAGUCAUAUUGUACGAUUAUCCGGUCGAAAAGGGCAUGGGUCGAUGGAAUAGCUCGGAGGUUUUGUUCAACACAGCAACAUGGGUCUGGAACAUUGCUUUUUCACGUUGCUUUUCACAGCAGCAUUACGAACAGAGAUAGCUAGCUCGUUCAGCCCUUAGUUGCUACCAUAUUGUAUACUACCUCAUUGCCUCAUAAAUGAUGCUGAGCAAACAGGCAAAGUGAUAGAUUGGGGCUCUAGCAAGUCAGGUGACAGCGCGGG